CGAUCCUAGUCUCGGAGCUCCGAGUUCUCGGAAAUUUGCGAUAUAUAUAUAUAUAAAUAUAAGAUUAUAAUCAGGAGCGAGUAGAAAAAGUAGUGGCUCCAUGACAGCACGCAAGUGUCAAAGGUUUUAAAUAUUUUUUUAUCAGUUAACGAGUCUGUGACAUGAACAGUUGCUUCGAAACGUGAACAGGAUCCUGGUCCUGGUUCAAAUCCUGGUAUUGAUAAAAUAAAUAAUUAAAAUGGUACGAAUUAUUCCAGUGCAUAAUUUCCUGUCGCAAAAUGUCGGGCAGAUUGAAGAACCAACGGCAUCAUGCACCGCGAACAUCAUGGACCAAGACCUGCUGCUGCUGGCGCUGUCAAGUCACUGCGUCAAAGUCUACGGGCUGGCAAGCAACCAGCACAAGCUGCUGACAAUCUUCCCCACGGUGGACCUGGUCCAGGAGCUGGUGCACUCGGACAAGGGGAAUUACGUCGCUACUCUGGAGUCCAAGAGCUCGAGAGACGGCGCGGGUGUCAACAACUUCGUGCGGGUUUACAUAAACUGGGAGAUGGCAGGCAACCAGAACCAGGCGAUGAGAGCCAGGAUUGCGGGACGAGUGACUCCGAGUCUCAACAGGAGCCUCAAUAGUCUGGAGAUGAUUGAGCUGCCUCUCAAUCGACAGCCGAGCAAGAUCGCCUGCUGCCAGACCACGGGGAACUUGCUGGUGGUGAUGGAGGACGAGGCUGUCAUUCACGAGCUCAAAGUCGAGACUCAGCAGACCUCCAAGCACAAAUUUUUGGACUUUGAAGUAAGACCCUGGUCAAUUAGAUUCACUUUUAGUCCUAGUCAUGUUGAAUUCGCGGAGGAGUUCAUCUCCGUGAUGAAUUCCUCGUACUUUAUGCUGAUACGCCUGACCAAUAGAUUCCACGAUGACAAUUUUAUUUCUGAUCGCAGCGUUGAUAAAAUAAACAUCAACAGGAGCAGACGGCGCUCACAUCAAAAUAGUUUAAUUAGAGACGUUAGUCUAGUAACCAAUAAUAAUAAUAAUAAUAAUAAUAAUAACAAUAAUAAUAAUAAUAGUAAUAAUAAUAGCAGCGAAGAAUCAAAAGCCAGAGUAAAGAAAGUUGAUUUCACAAAAUCAAUCGUCAACGAACGCGAUUACAUCGACUGGGACCAGCUGGUUCUCAACGAAGCUGAUGAACUCCAACGAAUAAAGUCACUGGGUCUUGUAAGCCUCGGAGACGAUGAAGACAAAAAUUUUAACGUCUGCUUGCCUUCAGUGAGGUCUGACCACUCUCAGAGCCACUACAUCCUGGACCCCCCGAUCUUCAGAGCCGCGGAGAUAAGCGCCGUGGUCACAACGAGGUCGAAUGAAGAUGGCUGGUCCGAGAAUUACAUAAUCGAGCACUUGCUGAGACUGAAGAUAACCGAGGCCUCUGCUCAAGACAUCGGGACCGAGUACUUUACAAGUUCGAUAUUGAAACCUUCGUACAAACGACAGAAGACAUCGAUAAGUAGCUUUAAAAAGUCAUUACUCAGGUCCACGAAGUACAAUAUAUUUAAUGGAGUGACUUGCCUGAUCUGCACGACCCAGGAGGGAUAUCUUUACAAUUUCGCACCCUCUAGUUGCGAGGAGGUGUCAUUUGAUGUCAGCAAUUGCCAGAUUUACCCGUUCACGGCACCGGUAAUCCACGUGGCGCUAGAAAAUACUGCACUGCACGCGCUGACUGAAGCCGGACUGGAGUCCUACACACUGAGGAUCCAAGGUCUCUUCAAAACUGAUGAUCUCCAAGUGGGAUCGGGUCUCACUGAUGCGGGACCGGUUUCCCUGAUAGGUCUGAGACCUUUUCUGGGUGUUAAAAAAUUAUUGCACGCUUCUAAAUGUCUUGUGCUGCUUGCCAGUGAUGAAGACACUUGGACAUUUUACUCUCUGAAUUUACCGAACGCUGAAGAUGUCUAUCACGACAUACUGAGCGCGGCUAAUAACCACAAGACGACAAGUCCUAGUACUUAUAAGCACUUGCUAGGAGAAGCCAACGCCGUGCUGAGACUCGCUAAGGAGAUGAUUUAUUACACCUCCGACGCGGCGUUCUUCAGCAGCAUCAACGACAUGUCGAAAAGCCACCUGGACAACUUGUAUCGUCAGUCUUGCGCGCUGUUGGCUGACCACUACAUGUCUUCGGAGUCUCCAAUGGAUUGGAGUCGCAGCACCUGGUACUACAGCCUGGCAGGACUUAAAGCUCACGAUGUUCUGUCUAGGGAAGACGUCCAGCGUGCUCCGGGGAUGGUUACGUUUGUGUCCGAGUGUCUGCUGAAUCUACAAGCUGGGACGGAAGCUGACACUCUGUUCCAGGAGCACAAUAUCGUUGAGGUUUUGGUCAAAGCUGAAAAAAGUGAUCUGUUGAAACUGAUACUGGCAAGUCCAGUUCUCCGGGAGUAUGCGACAGACAAACUGAUAAAUGUCAUAUCGACUUGGGAGCCAGAUGACAUGACUUGGCUGUCUCUGGUGCUGCUCUACACUCAGGCGGACAGACAGCAUCAAGCUGAACGUGCUCUGGAGCCUAUUUCUGACAGAUUCAUCAUGGAGAAGAUACUUGCCAACUGGUCCUGGUUGUUUGACGUCAUCAGCGCGAAGAAAAGCAACGCGAUGCCGACUUUCUCGGAGUUUGCUAGCACCCUGAUGAGACUUAAGCUCAAAGUCUUUGCCGAAGUGCUGAGUAAAAUUGUCGAGCGAGAUGCUUUGACUCUGGACCAGAUGAUUCAGAUUUUCUUGGCGUAUUUGCCUUCACGUGUUGGCAGAGACGGAAGAAUUGCCGGGAAUGCGCUGCAGCUCUGCUUGGAAACUUAUCUCCAGAGUUACUAUCAAGAGGAAAAUAAUUUGAAGAGGGGAGAUGUCGACCUGGCGAUUGUCGAAGCAUUCAAAAUACUAGUGAGAUCUUAUUUAGCUGAACUCGCACAAACAAACGGAGUUAAGCUCAACGCUGAUAGUCAGAUACUGUUUGGAAAAUCCAGGCCCCGCUUUCUUGACCACCCGCUGCUCUACGCCAAGGACAAGUUUAAAAUCAAGACCAAGGAAAGACUCCCGAGGGUGUCUGAUGAUUCAAAUGAAAGUUAUCGCGAAAGUAUUAGGUCUGAAGUUGCUAAGCUCCAGGCUCUGCUGGCCAGCGGAUUCCUUCCUGCCGAGUGCUAUCAAGAGGUCGAGCACUUCCUGGAGAGCCAGAAGAUAGAAGGCAGCUUGUCGUUCAAAGUUCUCUGCGCUCGUGACACUGACCAGGGGAUCCAGAUGCUUGCUGACGAGUGUCCCCAAGUUUUGCUUGAUUACGCCAAAGAUAAAUAUACCAAAGAAUCGGACUGGAAGUACUUUAUACAAUUUUUGCUGAAGAAAAUGCUUGAUAAUCAAAAUAAUAAAAGUAUUUAUUGUGUUUAUGAUGAUUUAUUAAGAGAAACGACAAUUCACAUCGCACAGACCUUGUCAAUGAGAGGAUUAAAACGUAUUUUACCAAACGACAGUCUACAUAUAUUACAACAGUACAUUGACACAAGUAACCAAGUGGUACACGCAGAUUAUAUCAAGACGAUGAUUAUCGGCACUGGUCAGCACCUUCUAUGCAAUAUUAAUUUCUAAAUUAAUAUUAUUUUCUGUGAUUAAUAAACUAAUUUAUUAACAAAAAUAUAUCAAAUUAUUAAAUGAAGAAAAAAAAAUAAAAAAAAAUAUUUAAUAGAAAUUUAUAAUAUUUAUUAAUUGUAAUUUAUCUAAAGUUACUGAGUUUAAUAAAGUUUACGUGACAUUUAAAUAAUUA